AUGGACAACAUCGACGAGGAAUAUGACCGGCUUGUUGAACACCUUCACGACUGCGCGAAGAAGGCUGAGAGUUUUAAAACCACCAAGAGGGGCCUGUCUCUUGAAACCCUUGAGCUGAUACGCCAACAGAGAAGAGCAGAAGUGCUGGCUGAAGCUGCAGAGGCGGGGAAAAGCAUCCGCUAUGCCCGUCGAGACUUCGCCAGUCACAAGACGAGGAUGACUGCUCUCCGGAACCCAAAGGGAACAGCCACUGCAUCGAGAAAGGGGAUGGAGAAAAUCAUCUACGACUUCUACUCUGAUCUCUUCGACAGCCAUGUCCACUUGCCUCCUCACCAUCUGAGGGAAGACGGACAAGUCAUUCCAGAGAUUCUCCCGUCCGAAAUACGACAUGCUAUCAUGUCGGUAAGGCAGCCGGUCCCGACAGAAUAA